AUGGAUCCUCUAUCUAACUUUCAGUUGAUGAAUUUCUUCAGCCGAUAUAGUCCAAUCACCAGGGAGAUUUGCGAUGACGUAGUUGCUAUCAUUGCUAACGGUGGAACUAUCAAGCCCACACCUGUGCAAGGUGCACAGAGCUACACUGUUCAAGUCGGCGAUGAAACCAAUGCCUUCAUCGUUCAGUUCCGUGGUCCUCAAAAUACGCUAGAUUUUGAACACCUAAAUGCCGCGCAGGAGACUUACGGAGGAUUAGUGCCUACCUGCAAAAAUCUUGAUCAGUUUGAUCUCAAGUCAAUGCCAUUCUCCAUUCUCCAUCACCCUGAGAACUUUCAUCUUCUGGAACAGACUGUACAAGAUUUUGCUAGAUUCUGUUCUCGUGCAUGGCUGAAUCGACCAUCGCUACCCUCCUUCAACAAAGCCUCAAUUCAGAACAAUCAUUCUUCCAGCCUCGACCGCAUGAUGAACCUAUUACCAAGUCGCUUCCAUCCUUUGCUGGAUACACUUGAAAGCCAAAUCCCAUCUCUUUUCGCAGAUGAUUAUCUGAUAGUACUCAACCGUGGGGACGUCCUUGAGAAUAAUAUCCUUGUGGAUGUCAACACUGGAAAGUUAACUGAGAAUAUUCUCGGUAUUCGCAAGACAACUUGCAUGGCAUUUCAUCCACGGAAUAUUGAACUUCGUCAAAAAUUCUGGAAGACACUUUUUUAUGAGAUGGGUGAUGUGUCUGAGGAAAUCAAGAUGGUUAUUCAGACUGCGAGAAUGGUUGGGAUUGUCUUGGCUAAUGAGUUCGAUGUUGCUGAGACUUCUGAGGAGGAUCAAGUGAUGCAGCUGGCUGUUGUUGAGUCGAUGACUCUGGGUUUGUCUGAUAUUGGCGAUAAUGCUUAA